AUGCCCUCUUUGCCUUUUUCUCUUUCACCUUCAUCUAUUCCUUCUCUCGCCCACCUUCACACUCUCUCUCUCUCUCUCUCUUUCAACCUCACCUUAACCUUUCUCUCACCCACCUUUACACUCUCCAUCUCUCCCCUCUCUCUUUCAUUCACAUCCCUUACAUCUCUGCUCUCUUUCAUUCUCAUGCCCUCUUUGCCUUUUUCUCUUUCACCCUCAUCUCAUCCUUCUCUCACCCAACUUCACUCUCUCUCUCUCUCUCUCUCUCUCUCUCUCUCUCUCUCUCAUCCCAUACAUCUCGCUCCUUCUUUCACUCUCGUCUUCUCUUUUUCUUUUUCACCCUCACCUGAUCAUUCUCCCAUCCACCUUCUUUCUCUUUUUCACUCUCAUCUUAUUACAUCCCCCUCCCUCUUUAACUCUCAUCCCCAUUUUGUCUUGUUCUUUUUCACUCCCAUCACAUCUUUCUCUCGCCCACCUUCUCUCUCUCUCUCUCUCUCUCUCUCUCUCUCUCUCUCAUCACAUUCUUCUCUUUCAUGCUCUCACCUGUAUCACAUCCUUUUCUCUCUUUUUAUUUCUCCCUCGUUCACUCUUAUCCCAUCAUUUUCUCUUCAUCUUUUCACUUUAACCAAUGUUCUCCCUCCCUUCUCUCUCUCGCAUCCCAUCUAUUUCUCUCCCUCUUUCACUCUUUUUCAUUCUCUUUGCUACUCUGACCUUUAUCGCACCCUUCUAUCACUAUCUCUUUCCCUCUCUCACUGUCUCUCACCCUUCUCUCACUUUAACUCUCUUACCAUCCUUCUCCCUCGCUUUUUCCUUCUCAUCCUUCUCCCUUCUACAUUCACAUAUCGCAUCCUUUACACUCUCUUUCUCCCUACCCAUUUCAUCGCAUCCCUUUCUCUCUCUCUCUCUUUCUCUCCCUCUCGCAUUCAUUUUCAACACAUCUUUCUCUCCCUCUUUCAGUCAAAUCUUGCCUUUAUCUCUUUCAUGCUCAUCUCAUUUUUCUCUCUCCUUCUUUUACUUUUACGCCAUUCUAUCCUCUCUCUUUCUCUCUCCCAUUUUACUCUCAUCUCCUCAUUCUCUCUAUAUCUUUCUCUUUCCCCUCAUCCCAUCCAUCUCUUCCUAUUUAUCUUUCCUAUUCUUCUUCCCAUCCUGGGCAUGACGAUAAACUACAUCCGCGUCCUGGUUUCCAACCCCAGCUUUGUGAGACUCCUCUUGGGAUGUGAUUAUGUUACAUCUCCAAAACUACCUGAACAACACAAUAUGGAUGUUACUUCACUGAAGUAUCUACCAAGUGAAUCCGCAAAUGCCUACUCCAGUAUACCUGAGUAUUCUCACUCUCUCAUGGUUGACAUAAACAUGGACAAGUUAUCUGACUGGAACAAAUACCAACUUCAGAUUAAACAGCUUCGCCAGGAUUUAGAAUCUGAACGAGAAUUAGCCAGCCAAAGUCGCAAAAAAUUAAACACUGUUGAAAUUGAAAAAUUAGAACUUUCCAGCAAGAUGAAUUCUGAGCUAAUUUCCCGAGAUGGUGAAAUUGCUCGUCUGCGUUCACUCCUUGAGAAAAGUGAAGCUACGCACCAGAAUCUGGAAUAUGAAUUGCUACGGGCCCGUCAAGACCUGAAGCAGAUCUCGGAAAGAUUUUCAGAAUGCAAAAUAGCACUGGAAGCUGAGAAUCAGAAAUUGAAAGAGGAUGUUUCUAGACUAAACAGCCAACUCGGAGAGAUACAAGAUAAGUUAAUGUCCUGUGAACAGAAAGAAAAAGUGUCUACCUUUAAAUACAAAACAUCAAUCUCAGAGAAGGAAAGUUUCAUGUCACACCUGAGAUCUGAAAAUGAAAGUCUCAAAAGCGAAAAGGAUCAACUACAAAUUUCAGUCAGUCAUCAUCAGACAUCAAUGCGAGAUAUGGCAAAAAAGCUAAAAGAAGUUGAAGACCUGAAAACAAACUUUGAGAAGCAACUGUCACAGAUGCAGCAGGAUCUGAACCUUCAUCAAGACCAAGAGGCAACAUUGAAGAGAGAUCUUCAUACAGCAUUUGGACGGAUCAAAUCCCUUGAAGGAACAAUUGAAGCAGAACGAGCCUCUCAUCUAGAAACUAAAUUUAAUUCCGAAGUCAUUCAGCUUCAUGUUCAAGAUCUGGAGAAAGCAUUAGAAAUGGAACAGACAGCAAAUAAAGAAUCAAAAAAGAAUCUGAACCAAGUUAACAAACAACUCAGCCUAAGAAUUUGUCAUUUCCCUCUCCCAUUUACUCUCAUCCCAUACUUCUUUCUAUCUCUCAUUCACUCUCAUAUGAUUUUUUCUCUCUUUCUCUUUCACUCUCUCUUCCCAUUUACUCUCACUCUCUCUCUCUUUCACUCUUUUCCCAUCUUUUUCUCUCUUUCACUCUUUUCCCAUCUUUCUCUCCUUCAUUCAAACUCAUCUCCUUCUCCUCCUCUUCCUCUUUCGCUCUUAUUCCAUCUUUCUCUUUCUCUCAUUCACUCUCAUCCCAUUUUCCCUCUCCAUGAUUCACAAUCAAUUUUCUCUUUCCUUGAUUCACACUCAUCUCACCUUUCCUUCUCCCUCAUUUACUCUCAUCCCAUCUUUACUACUCAUUCAUUUACUCUCAUCUUCAUCUUUCCCUCUCCCUCUCGCAUCUUUCUCUUUUUCUUUCCCACUCACUCAUUUACUCUCCUCUUCAUUUUUCUCUCUCGCUCUCUUCCCAUCUUUUUCUUUCCAUCUCCCUCUGUCCCUUUCAUUUAA